UAUCAUACCAUUACCAAAAUCGACAAAGGAUGGGCACAGAGUAAUAAUGUUCCACUUAGACGACGACAAUCCUGGAAAUUUCAAUAUUUACAAUUUUUUCGCUCACACUUACAAUCUGACAGAACUCAGAAUGCACGAAGACUAUCCUCUUGGAGAUAUCAUAGUCUAUGACUUCAAAAAUGUGAAGUUGGGUCAUCUGACACAAGCAACUCCCACAAUUAUGAAGAAUACUUCUACAAUUUUGGAGAAUGCCUUCAACAGUCACAUCAAGCAGGUACAUUUCCUGAACUACCCAUCUAUUGCAGAACCUCUGAUAGUACUGGCAAAACAGUUACUGAACCCAAAAAUAUCACAAAGAUUUCAUUUUCAUAAAAGCGAAGAAGAUAUCAGGAAGUUUAUACCAAUUGAAGUGUUACCAAAAGAUUAUGGUGGAAAGGAAAGGUCUCUAAAGGAAUUGAAUGCUAUAUGGAAACAAAAAUUUGCCGACUACAAAGAGAGAUUUGAUAAAUUAGAUCAACUGCGAGUCGACGAAGCACUUAGACCUACCCCUCUGAUCAAUGACGAUGUUCUGGGAUUCUAUGGAAACUUCAAGAAACUCAGUGUUGACUGAAUUUAUUUUUUGAAAAAGCUUCUUUUACAGCUCAAUCAUUAAUGAUGAUUAUAUCAUUUCAUUUGAAUUGGAUGUAUUAACUAAUUGUAGGAUAAAAAUUAUGUCCUGGCUGUAUAAACCAUUACAAAAGUAUUUUUAUUCAAUAAAAGGUUCAAUAGAG